UUCUCUUCGGUUUCUUCUUCUCUCUCUAACAGCUGGUGCUAGCUGUCUUUCCUUCUCUUCCAUUGUCAUGUCACUUUCUCCUCCAAAUCCUCCCCUCCUCCCCCAACCCAGCAGAGCUAACUUAACCUGUCACCACCACCUCCAACUCCAUAACAUAGCACAAGCUCGAGAGAGAGAGAGAGAGAGAGACUCAUUGUCUUAAUGAUGAGUGCUAUCCUCAACAAGGUGAUGCUAUAGCUAGCAAUCAUUCGGUGCUAUACAUAGAGAGCAAUGGCACAGCUCCCUCCAAAGAUCCCCAACAACAUGUACCCAAACUGGCCUAACCUUGCUCCGCUCCUGACAACCCCGCCGCCGCCACCAGCUCCUAGAUCUCAACCCUCUUGGGUCGACGAGUUCCUCGACUUCUCCUCCGCCAAGCGCGGCCACCACCGCCGCUCCGUCAGCGACUCCAUCGCCUUCCUCGAGCAGCCCCUCGCGGGCGAGGGAGGCGACUUCGACCGCCUCGACGACGACCAGCUCAUGUGCAUCUUCUCCGACGACGUGCCCCCGUCGUCUCUGUCGGGCGCCGUCCCGGCCUCCUCGUCGUCCACGCCGUCGGACCACAGCAGCAUGAACGACGACAAACUGGCCGAGCAGCAGCCGAAGAACGAGUCGGAGGAGGCGCAGAGCGCGUGCAAGGCGGAGCCACAGCCGGCCGCGGGGACGGACACAGCCGUCGAUCCCAAGAGGGUGAAGAGGAUCUUAGCGAACCGGCAGUCGGCGCAGAGGUCGCGGGUGAGGAAGCUUCAGUACAUUUCGGAGCUGGAGCGCAGCGUGACGACGUUGCAGACCGAAGUCUCUGCGCUGUCUCCUCGGAUCGCGUUCCUCGAUCACCAACGGUCGCUUCUCACGCUGGGCAAUAGCCACCUGAAGCAGCGCAUUGCAGCAUUGGCGCAGGACGGUAUAUUUAAGGACGCGCACCAAGAAGCGUUGAAGAAGGAGAUCGAGAGACUUAGACAAGUCUAUCAUCAGCAAAAUCUAAAGAAAAUGGCACCUCCUUCGUCCGAACCAGCCAUGAGCGCAGAAAAGGAGUUGCUCAGCUGACACAAAGCAGUGAUCGCAGCGUGCAUCGAUUUGGAACCCCGAAGAUGAAACCCUGAGGUUUUGGUGGUUCUGCAGGAUCUUUUUCUUCUUUGUGCAUCCCAUUUGAUCCAUUGUUUUCCUCCUCUAAUCAAAAAGAACAAAAACAUGAUAAAAGGCAAACAGAUGAAGCCUUCGGAUGUUGCAGCUGCCAGUGUUGGGAGGUUUGUGUCGGAGCGUGUGGUGUAUAAUUAUUGAGCAGUGUGAUAUGUUGAUUGCAUGUGUUGGAAA